GCUUCCCCCCCCCCCCAGCAACAGGGGAUCCUUCACCCCAGACCCUCCGCCCCCCCCCAGCAACAGGGGAUCCUUCACCCCAGACCCUCCGCCCACCCCGCCCCUCCCCAGCAACAGGAGGUCCUUCACCCCAGACCUCCCCCCCCCUCCCCAGCAACAGGGGGUCCUUUACCUCAGACUCCCCCUCCCCAGCAACAGGGGGUCCUUCUUUACCUCAGACACCCCCCCCCCCGGGAUCAACAGGUCACUCCAACCCCCGGGAUCAGGGGAUCUACGGGCCAUUUACCCUUAAAAAAAACCCACCCCAGCCAGAGGAGCAGUGGGUCAUCCCACCCUCUAGCUGACAGCAUUAGUGGGUCAUCCCUCCCACCAGACCCACUGAAGCAGCAGGUCACCUGCUCUCCCCACCCCUGGGAGCAUAGACAGUCAACGGGUCAUUUUCCCCCUAAACACCCCUCCUUCAGUCACCCCCUUUCCCUCCACCCCUCUCCUUCAGUGAAUCAUCUCUCCUAUUUCCUCCCCCCUUCAGCUGGAGCAAGAGGUCAGCCCUCCCCCCAACCAACCACUGACAGCUAUGGAGAACUAGCAUCCCCUCCUGAGAGCAAAGGUCAGCGCCCACCUCCCAUCUUUAGGCUCUCUCUCCAAAAUUCUAGCAAUCCUCCACCUCCACAACUGCUGUCACCCAAUCCACUGCAACUGCCCCUUGUGCCUCUGUCCUGGCAACUGAUUUCACUCCAGUAACAGUCAUUACUCUCCCAGUGUGUGGGGUUCUGGCUCUGGGCUGAGCCAGUCUCUGGAGUCUAACAAUCUUGGAACCAGAACUAUUUCAGAAAGGUCACAUUCCAACUCUGCAGUAAGUGGAAAUCUUCAGCUUGGUCACCAAAUCAGAGGACUCAUUGAGGACUGCUGCAUCUGUUGGAUAUAAAUGGAAAACUAAGAAGAUAUUGAUAGACACCUGGUCAAACCACUAUGAGAAAACCUGGAUCUUUAAGUUUUUUGUGUAUUCAUUUUACGACAGACAAUUUAUAUCAAAUCUGACAAUGGAUCGAUAUGUGCUGUUAGCUGUUUGGAAUUGUAGCGAUGAGCAGUGUGAAGAUGAAGAGUUCGUUGAGCUGACUGCCAUUAAAUGUGUUUACGAAUUCCUGAGAAAAAGCUGCUGUGCUUCAACAAGUUCAAGACUGACCACCCUUCCAGCCUGUUCAAUAACUGGAGUUCCAGCUGCACAAAAAUGGUUCUUCGCAAUUCAAGCAAUCCGUGGCUUUUCACAGUUCUGUUGUACAGAUUGGGAAGAAAUUAGUUCCAGCGCACAGGCCACUGAUUGUGAGGAAUCUGUACCAAUAUUAAUACAAGAAUGCCUGAACAGCAUAAAUACUUGUGAAGAGGAGGACAGUGAUGUGAAAGACUCUCCAUCCUUGGCUGAGUUAUUUGAAGAGGCAGCAGAGGGUCUACAUCGACUUGCAGAUAAACUUCCUCCUCCUGGCAAGGUGUUAUUGGAUCUAAUCUUGCUCGUUUCUGGCAGUGAUAUUCCAAGGCUGAAAGACUGGCUGCCUGUUGUGGGUGCAUUUAAGCACCUGAGGGAGUGGCAUUCAGCAGAAAUUACCAUCACAACAAAGGAUGGCAAAUGUUGGCAGAAAAUUGCAGAAUACCUGGGUGCAACUGUUGUAGAUCCAGAAAAAUUAGAGAGCAUGAUCGAUCCAUUUGUGUUAUGGAGAGGAAAAGUACGCAUCCAAGAGCGAAAGUUUGCAUCAGAGGUCAAGUUUCCUGGGUUCUGCUUGAGAGCCUGCACUCAAAGAUCGUGGUGUCACUUAAUAAGCUCCUGUUUGACCACAACUUCCAGAGCAACCAAUACAAGAGAGGUUUUCCAUUAUUAUAAACCAGUGUUGGAGUUCGUGCAGUUGGUGGCGCUCUCGGACCUUCCAUCUUGCUUCCUGUCUGGGAUUGAGUUUGAAUUCAGUUUAUUACGUAGUGACAUCCAAAGCAAAUCAAAGCUUCUGCUGAACCAACUUUCUUCUUUACAAGGCAAGGUUGGGGCACUUUUUAACCUAUCAUGUACAGUGAGCAGUACUAUGAUUCCUCCAGCCAACCAAUACAGUACACGGAAGUGGAAAGAGUAUAUGGCAAAAAAGCCAAAAUACAUAAAUGUUCCAGAGAUUGAGUUGAAAGGAGAGACUUCUGGUUAUUACCUGUUGGUUCAGAGUGACGGCCAGGGAGGCUGCAAGGCAAGCCUCAUCCAUUCAGCUGGUCAGAUAAAUGGGGCUGCUGCUGUCGCCAUAGUGAAUGGGAUGUUGGAAAAGGCUGAAGGCAAAGAAGGGUGUGAUGCUGAACAGCUUCUCGGGGCAAUGCCUUACCUGACUGGUGAAGAGUUUGUGAACAGAGAGAAGAAGCUAGCUCAAAUUCAAACACUUGCUUUGAAAGAAUUUCUGAAAAGAAAGCAGAUAAAUCAAAAAUAUUCAUCCAUUCCAGUCAAUGAGCUGAAGGCAUUGUUAACAUUAGCAAGAGAACAGUAUUUUAGGCAGUUUGGCAGCAACCUGCUGAGUGCUAAUUCAGGCAGCAUAUGUCAAAACCAACAGGAAGCAGUUAAACUCACUGAAAGUGAUAUCCCAAACCUAAGCCCCUCACAGUGGCCUGAGAGAAGUGUUCUUCAAAACUAUGAAAACCUUGAGCGGAUCAGACAGAAGAGCAGGGCUGGUUCCAUAUUGGCAAGCUCAUCUGAGACUCUUCUGGGACUCAAGGGAAGCCAAAGAGCACUUCCAAUUCAGCUUGAUGCCAAGGAGCUGCUGAAGUAUUUUACCCCUGAGGGUUUACCCAUCGCUGAGCUCCAGCCUUUAGCAAUACAGAGAGGUGAAAAUGAGUUUGCACUAACCCCAGAGAUGACCAUACAGAAACUGAAAGGUCUACCUUUUGAGAAGGCUACUGAAUGCCAUUAUCAUGGAGUAGAGUACUGCUUAGACCACAGCAGAGCAAUUGAAAAAGACAUCGGAUUUGGGAAGCUUCAGUCUCGCCUUAUCCGCUAUGAAACCAACACAACGUGCUCAAGGGAGCACUGUCCUGUCGUUUACGGAUUAAGCCCGCUGCCAUCUCCAGCAGUGCUGUCAGAGCCUGGAAGUGCACCAGAUGGAGAAGCUUUACAAAGUGCCAUACUGAAGAAACGUACUGAUGGACGUGGACAGAAACAUAGAUCUAGGAAGGUGGACUGUCUCCAUCCAAGCAAAAGACUGGUGAAAUCCAAAAGUGUGGAAUAUCUCAAAUCCCAGAAUUCGCCACGCACAUCACAGAGAGGUGAAAAUAGCAGACAUCAUUCAGCAGCUGCUCUGCGGGGACAUUCACAAAGGCUUGUAGCUGCUGCUCCUGCUUCCAGUAAGCAGUCCAGCAGCCAGGUUCCAAGUGCAAUUACAAAACCUGGCCAUGGAAGUGUGAUUCGAGAGGAGUCGCGAACUGAGCGAACUCAGAAACACAAAAGGAUGCUGAAAGAAGUUGUGGCAAAAACCCUCGAGAAUAAUGGAAUCUCAAAGAACCAUACAUCUUUUGUUUCUUGCAGUCAACGUCUAUUUAAAAUAUCCUUGUUUUACCUCAAGGAUUUAAAAACAUCACGUGGUCUACAUGAAGAAAUGAAAAGGGCUGCAAACAAUAACGUUCGACAGGUGAUCGACUGGGUGUUGGAAAAGGCCGACAAGAAGUGAAAUCCCAUGUUUGUGCAAGAACUGGAAAUCCCAAUGAAGAUUGUUUCUAAAUCAGACAACAUUUAUCUGGACAUUUCGCACUUGGAAUUAACAUGAUGUUGUCAAAGAUAAGGUGAUGCGGAGUUAUGCUGCACGCCUGGUUCAUUUAAUUUUGCCUAUUCUGAAAGUUAAGAUAAUUAGAUGCCAGUAUAAUUGUAGAAAUUAAAUACUAUUUUUGUAUUCUGUGCUUUUGUUUUGAAUUUUAAAAUCUUUUUAUUAUCAAGUUGGAGCUUUGAAUCAAGUUUUUACAGAGUUUGUUAUUUAAAAGUUUAUAUUAUCUUUUUUUCCAAUUAAUUUUAUUGAUGUCAAAACUACAUCCAUCUUUCCAGUUUCGGUAACCGUGCAUGUGACAAGUGUGCCUGAAGAUCAGCUCAAUCAAAAAUCUGUUUAUUGAGAACUGUUUGGGACAUGAUUAAAUGAUUUGGGUGAAAAAAUCAGAGCCCUUGAACUGAUGGAAAUUUAUAUGACAAAAUGGGAGAAUCCAGAAUCACUGCCUCUUUUAGUUAGAGAAGUUUAUGAAACUGAAGUUUGUGCAGUGUUUAUGUUCUCACCAAGACCUCAAAAACUUUGUCCAUAUAAGGCACAGUAAACUUAGGGAGCAGUCACAUUUAUGAUGCUUUAAUGCUUCUUUAAUAAUGCUAUUUUAAUAUGUUCUUUAAAAAUGCUAGUAAAUAAAUCUUUGGAAAUAGCCUGCCAUAUAACUUUUGGAAGAUUCACUUUGGUGCUAAACGCAAUCAGAUAGACCUAAGACUUUGAGCUUGGUCCAGUUAUGUAGAUUAUUGCUGGUAGUUAGCCUGCAGUUGACUUGACUUGACAAUUAUGUCGACCCCCCCCCCCCCCGCCCCCCCCAGCUAACUUUUUCUUAAAGAUUCAGGAGUUGCUCUGAUUUUUAUUCAGGUCAUUGAUUUGUUUAGCUUUUGAUCUGUGGGUUGUAACUGGUUCAAAAGAACAUUGUUACUUACAGUUUUUUUUAAUUACUUAAUUGGAUGUGCUGUAAAGCUGAGCAUGUUUCCUGCAAAUGAAGUUUGUAGUGUAACUACUUAAAGUGAACUUGUACAUUAGUUACUUUCCUAUUGUGGGUUAUACCCCUGUAAUGCAGCAAAUGAACAUACAAAGGAAUAAAGUUUAUGAUCAUCUUU